CCGAGUCAUAUAUAACCAACGUGCUCCUCUUCUGAACCGUCAUUCCGCCCCAGGGUUCAGUCUUGUUUCUGCUCUCUUCAAAUUUCCAACUUUCUCAAAAAGAGCAUAGACCGUGCUUCCCACGCUCAUAAAACACAAUGUUGUGCUACUAUAUCUCCUUUUUCAGAAGCCUUUGGCCCCUGGUGACUAGGGAAGACUUCGUCGAUGCGCGAGAAGUCGCCCGGUACUUGAUCUACCACUACAAUGAGAUCAAUAAAGGGUUUGGUAGACCGCUCAGACUCUAUGACAAGAAACAAGGAGUCGACCCCCAAAACUGGACCCUGGACAUCAACCCAAUUAAUUCUAUGUUUGAACCGAGAACGGAUGUUUUCUGGAGAACCAAGAUUACAAGCCCCAUCAUGAGUGACGAUGAUGCUUGGGAAUACAUGUCAUACUUCUUGAAGACAAUUAAUAGAAUGUUUAAGGUGGAGAGCGACAACAUGGACACGCUGCAAAUCUACUUCAUGCCAGCCAAGGGCAGGUGGAAGUUGCAGGAACUCAAAGGCGUUGUUCGUGUCAUCAUCCAUUUCAAGGACGUUAUCGAGGACUUCGUGGACCCAUACUUACACAAUGCGGAUCGUGACUGUGAGGCAACAAAGGUGAUGGAUCCAAAAGUCAAAAAGGCCCUGAUCAAUGGCUUGGAACAAGCCACUGACUUCGAUCAACUCAAUCAGUUCUUGAGCUCGUCUUCUGGCCUGGAAAACUUCCGUAACUGGAAGUUCUGGCAGUGGCCUGCUUCUGAGAGCGAUACUCUGGUGUUUGUGCGAGAAUACCUCAAGAUCCACCGCGAUGAGGAUAUCACGAAUUGGUAUCUUUUCGUUGAUACGUUUGUCCGUGCAGGUAUGAAUGCAUACAGUCCAAUCAUUUACCUAUUCGAUACAGAUAUGGAGGGCCUGCAGCAGUUCCUGUUGCGUUACAAUGAGGACACUGAUGUUAAUUGGUUGUGUGCCUUUACGGCUCCGCCGCGGUUGGACAUGGUUUUGAGUAGCAGGCGUUGACCGUUACCAAGGCGAAGCGUAGACGCUGAGAACUACUACUGGA